AUGGCGCUGGGGUCGCUGGCGGACCACCUGCUGCUGGACAGCAGGGACAACGGCAACGGCAACGCUCCCCGAGCGGAAGGCGGAGCAGCGCGCGCUGAGCUGGGAGACGCGCAUGCGCGUCGCGCUGGGCGCCGCCCGGGGCUGGAGUACCUGCACGAGACGGCCAACCCGCCCGUGAUCUACCGCGACCUCAAGUCCUCCAACGUCCUCCUCGACGACGCCCUCUGCCCCAAGCUCUCCGACUUCGGGCUCGCCAAGCUGGGCCCCGUCGGCGACCGCUCCCCGCGCGUGAUGGGCACCUACGGCUACUGCGCCCCCGAGUACGUGCGCGCCGGCACCCUCACCGUCAAGACCGACGUGUACAGCUUCGGCGUGCUGCUGCUGGAGCUCGUCACCGGGCGGCGCGCCGUGGACUCCACCAGGCCCGCCGCGGAGCAGCUGCUGGUGGCCUGGGCCAUGCCCAUGCUCCGGGACAGCAAGAGGUACCGCGAGCUGGCCGACCCGCUCCUGCGGGGGGACUUCCCGGAGAGGGACCUGAAGCAGGCCGUGGCCGUGGCCGCCAUGUGCCUGCAGGAAGAGGCAUCCGCUCGCCCGCUCAUGAGCGACGCGGCCAUGACGCUGGCAUACCUCGCAGAAGCGGCGGCGGCGGCAAGCAGCAAUACUACGCCUAGCUAG